AUGGCAACAUCCGAUAUCCCAAUGCAGGUGGCAGAGACGAUCCAGACAGCGCACAUCAACCGGGCGCCAUCGGCCCAGCACGACCUCAACCCGUCCACGGCCGCCGACACGAGGGAGCCCGUCCACCUCGACAAGGAGGAGCUCGGCGCCGCCCACGAGGACGAGGACGAGGAUGACAUCCCCGUCAGCGUGCUGAGGCCCGCCAGGCGCUUCUCGCACCUGCCGCCCAUCCCCGACCUGCGCUUCGAGCAGAGCUAUCUGCACAGCAUACAGGAUGCCAAGUCGUGGUGGAUGGUCGCCUGGAUCACCUCGCGGGACCAGAUCAUGAUGCCCAUGUUACAAGGCGUUGUCUACAACCUUGCCUGGUGUGGCUGGCAGUAUUGGAACAAGAACGCCCAGAUGAGCGGGAACUCAAUAGGUGCUCAGGUCCGGAGGUGGUGGUGGGGCGUCAACAACUGGCCGAUUCCUUCAGAGCCGGUGAAGAGGGAGAAAAACUGGUUCCGUCGAUGA